GGGACGUACGUGCGUAAUCGAUAGUUUACAACGAAAUAAAAUAAAAUAAUUCAAUUAAUUAGUGUCGCUAACUGUGUUUGUACUAUUUUUAAACACAAUAAUUUUGUAGUAAAAUAAACAUUCCAGUUUUGUGAAAUAAAGUCCUAAUCGCAAGGACAGUGUUAAAACAUAUUUUAAGAAAUAUUUCAAGUGUUUUUUUGGUAUAAAUAUCUGCUGAUUCCGGGAUUACUAUUGUGGAUUGAAAAGAUCAGGCGUUAAUUCCAGUUUAUUAUAUCCUGAAACAAAGACAUCAUUAUUAUAUUGAAAGUACUCCAACAAUGACAUAAGACCUACAAGAUGGCGCUACGGUUGAAAAAAGAUAUCAAGAAGGCCUCCUACUACGUGUGGUUCCUCGGUGCGCAGGAGUCCCGCGGCCUCAGAGGGGAGGAGUUUGCACUCCCUGCCAUUCGGAUACUAGAAGACAGAGCGAGGGACUUAGAGCCAUUUAAAGUUACGCUACAGGUAUCCCAUAAAGGACUGAAGAUAAUUCAGAAUGUCACAGCCAAGGGUAAACAGCAGACGAUCAAGCACUUUAUACCGCACGGCAGCAUCACCAGCGCAGUCGUGCAGGCCGAUGUGGUGGCCUGUGUGUUGUUGCUGUACAACCCACUGACUGGCUGCCCUGUACAUGUCCAUGCUUACAGAUGCGACUCAGAUCACACAGCCGAGAUGUUGUACACCCACCUCCAAGCUCUAAUAGAGAGACCAGAAAACCAGAAGAAGUUCGCGGACAUCGAGCGCAAACUACAGAUGAGGGGGGCGCUGCCGUCGUCCAAGAAACCCCCAGAUUCAUCUCUUGGAAGUGAAGUCUCCAGAGAAUCGGAUUCAGGGAGCAACGAGGAGCGUUGUGUGGCUAACCUAUAUGACAGUUUAGCUGCCGAAUUGAAACAAAAGUUAUCUACAGGUAAACGGGGAUUAGGCAAAAGUCCUAUACUUCUUCCUCCUCGGGACUACGACACGGUGCACCGUCAGAAGGGGAACCUCUCCAACAUUGAUACGCGGCGUUGCCUGAACCAGAACAUUGUGGGAGUGAAUGCCAGGCGUAAGCUGGAGUCUUCAGGAGGGAGCUCUGGUAUUGGGAGUGACCUCGCGCCGUCUCCAGAGAGGAAUGAAUACAGGCAGCAUGAUAAUCAUAGUACUAGCGAGGAGGACUGGGCGGAGAGCACAGCGUACAUGAUGCACGAAGCCUUCGAUGCAUCCCCCCCGCGCCGCGCUGCCUCCCCCCGCCGUACAUCCCCCGCACGCCGCGCCCUCUCCCCGCGCAACUACGACCGAGGCUACCCCGAUGACUUCUCCGACCAGUUCCGCGACCAACUCGCCCCCUUCCGCGACCAGACCUUCGAACGAAGGUUCCGUCACGAGUCACUUGAACGUGUCAAACCAGAAAAGCCAGUAGAGAAAUUCCAAGACGACACGAUCAACUACAGAAGACGGUACGUCGCUGAAACCAAACCAUCCAACAGGAGCAUUGACAGGGUCGAAGAUAGGAGGUUCGGUAAACUCCAAAGGGGUGCCAGCGAAGGUAGCCUUAAAAUCGCAGAAGCGUCCCCAAAAGACCGAUUCAACGUGGCCAAGGAAAAGUUCAUGAAUCUAGAACGGGAGAGGUUCAACAGGGAGCUGGAAGCGCACAUGGCGAUGAGGAGGAGCAUGCUGGAACGGAACAGUCGCUCAACUUCUUCCCCCGAGGAAGAAAGAAGGGACGAGCGUCAGGACCGACACAGAGACAUUAGCUCCCGGAGAGAGCCAGAGCGCUCUCAUCGCGAGUUGGAGCGCCACAGGGAGCCUGAGAGACGCAAGGACACGGACAGGAUGCGCGACCUCGAGCCGACACACGCGAGGGAGAUGGAGCGACUGCCGCGCAUCGGCAGGAAACGUGACGACGUGAAGCGGUACGAGUACGGCGCCGAGGAAUAUCUCAACAGGAUCGAGCCGAAACCGCACAGAGACGAGUUUGACAGCUUCGACCGGAGGGGAAGAAGGGAGCUAGACAGGCGCAUUGACGAGGACGAGAUUAUAGAACCAGUGAUUGAAGACAGGAGGAGAGAUUGGAACGACCGACAGAGGGCGUUCAGUCGCUCCCGUCUGCUGGACGACCAGCGCCAGUCUUACGUGGAGGGAGAUAGGGAGAGGUACUAUGACAGGGACUACAGAGAUUUUCGCGAGCUAGCUGACAGACAGCAGUCGAAGUUUCGGCACAGCUACGCGGAGCCGAUACCGCGGGGCCGGCUCGGCACGGUCCGGCCGUACUGAAUGCCAUAAUAGAUUCAUAGACCUUUGAAAUAUAUUAAAACUGUAGAACCAAAAACCCCAUUUUUUAUAGAAGGACGAAGGGACUCCUUUUUGUCACACCUGAUUUAUUCGUUUACAAAUAUUAAUUGACAUGAAGUAAUAUUAUUGCAUAAUAGCAAGUUAGCGUAGUAGGUAAAGACCUUUGUGGAAUUUAUCUGACUCCGUAAAAUGUCUGUUUGUAGGAUUUUUAGGAUUAAAGGGACCAUUAUAAGUGCCUAUUAUAUAGUUUUGUAUUUAUAAAUACUCAUAAGCGUAGUAGCGUCACAGAUACAUUAUAAUGAUUAUAUAACUAUUGUAAAUAAAUGCAUAGAGUACCUUUUUGUUAUUUUUAUAGAAUAUGAUAGUAAGAAUCACAAUAUUGUUAUACUCUGUAAUAUUGUUAAAUGUUAUUUUAUCGAAGAAAUAUCAAUUUAAACGUUAUUGGUUAUAUAUUCGUUCAAAAUGUUAAUUCAGUCUCAUUUUAUUGUUAAAAAAUUGUCUAAAUUUAUGUUAUGUAUUUAGUUUUGGAAAUUAAUUAUUUCAAUUUAGAUUGUGGUUCGUUUUAUUGAGGAUUUUAAUGUUCAGCAAAACACCGAAUUGCCAUCAUCUAAAAUCUCGACAAAUGCGUAAAUAACAAUAUCAAAAAGAAAAUUAAUAAUAUUAAUUUUUGAAAUGGAGUGAUUCUUUUAUACCUA